UUGAUCGCGUUUUAGACUCAGCAGACAACUUCCGCAGGCGCAGACAACUGGUUUGCAGCGAUGUUGAUGCACUCCUACUAGAAGUAUGCUAGCAGUCGUUAGUAAGCGUUUUUUCACUAUUAGCAGUCGUAUUCCGGCAAUCUUGGGUGCAAGAAAAUUCACAAUCAGCUGGAUUUAAGGUUUUUCGUACAUUAAUAACCGCAAAAAUGGCUCAAGCGAAUUUCGUGCAAGAGUUCAAUAAAAAUGGCUACGCGGUUAUCCCUAAUUUUCUCUCGGCGCAAGAGAUUGCCGAGAUGAAAAGUGCCAUGUCGCGCAUAAUAAACGAGAUGGAUCCCAAAGAGCAUAGCCGGCAUAUCUUCCACCAUCCGGAUCAGGAGAACAGCCAGACGAAGAGCGGAAGUUACGAUGACUACUUCAUGACCAGCGGCGAUAAGCUGCGCUUCUUCUUCGAACCCAAAGCGGUCAAGGAAGACGGGAGCUUGACGGUGCCGAAGGAUCGUUCAGUGAGCAGAGCCGGAUACGCUCUGGGUUGGCUGGAACCAGUAUUCAAAAAAAUGGCUUUUAGCGACAAAAUCAAGGAUGUCUGCCGGCAGCUGGGGCUCGUCGAUCCCCGACUGGUGCAAAGCAUGUACCUUUUUAAAAAUCCAAUAAUUGGUCAGAAAGUAGCAACGCACCAGGAUUCCACAUUUCUGUACGUCGAUCCUCCGGAAAAACUGCUAGGAUUCUGGAUCGCGUUGGACGAGGCGACGGAGGAGAAUGGAUGCUUGCAUUUUAUGCCGGGAACACAAAAUGUGCCUCCAACCUGUCGGUUUGUCCGCAACCCGAACCCGUCGCCGGGCAAUCUGACCGUUACGCGCGGAGACGCACCCGACGAGGUCCAGUUUCCUCCGGAACGGUAUCGAGCGGCACCGGCAUCCCCGGGGACCCUGGUGCUGAUCCAUGGCAAUGUCAUCCAUAAAACCGAAGAUAAUACGUCGGAUAAACCGCGGCAUGCCUAUACCUUCCACGUGGUCGAUUUCGAGAAGGCACAAUAUAGCCCGGAGAACUGGUUGCAACCAAGCGAGGCGCUGCCCUUUCCAAAACUCUACGAAGUGCAGGCUUGAUAUUACCGUUUGACUGUGUAGCGGUAGGAUAAUCCGAUGCCCAGUAGGUUACUUCCCGCAUUACAACCGAUUCCGGUCUCCGCAAUGCGCAUAAUCACUCCUUCUGUUGCUAAUUCAUUGUCUCAAUAUUAUUGUGCUGCUCAUAUCGUCUUAAUUAAUUGUCCGCUACUGGUUCUUUAUUUUAGCUAUUAAAAUAUUGUAGACCGA